AUGCAGUCCGUCCGCUCAGCUACCUACCUCCGAGCGGCUCUCGCCCAACGCUCGGCAGCUCCUUCAUAUCUCGCCGCUGGACCUACUAUGUCAUUGAAACAGCAAACACCCCGACGCUACGCGACUGAAGCGACUCCAGCCCUCACCGCUGCUCCGGAGAUUGAUUUCGACAGGAUGCUUCAACAGCGGUCCGCCCGAGUUGUUCCGGCAUCACCCUCGUAUUUUACCGGCAGCCCUAGGUUUUUCGACCACCUGUUGAAUCUCGAGAGUCUCCUGGCAAAAUACGCCGCAUUGCCCACCGUGUCCGCGAAUGAUUCACCCAGAAUGGCUUGGUUGAAGUUACCGGCGUUCCGAGAUUUAGUUGGCGAAAGGAUUCCAUCGAAGAAGUACAGAGGGUUACUUAAGGUCCUGAACCGCCUGAACCGCAUAGACCCUGCCAUUCGCCCUCAAGAGGUCCGUCUCGCGCUGAAAGAAUUCCUGCGCCCAGGAAAUCCAUAUGCUGCCCAGUCGACAACAACCUCGGUGGAUGAGUUGGGCCGUGCUCGUGGGAAAGGCAAGCGAAAAGAAUCCUCCGCCGUAGUAUCUCUAGUAGAAGGCGAUGGAGAGGUUCUUGUCAACGGAAAGAGCUUGGUUGAGGCGUUCCCUCGAGUGCAUGACCGGGAAAGCGCGACGUGGGCUUUGAGGUUCUCGAAUAGACUUGACAAGUACAACGUGUGGGCUACUGUUAGGGGUGGAGGCACAACUGGACAGGCAGAGGCCAUUGCCUUGGCGCUCGGACGGGCAUUGAUGGUACACGAGCCGGCAUUAAAGCCAAUUCUGCGAAAAGCCGGCGUUAUUACGGUGGAUCCGCGUCGUGUGGAGAGAAAGAAGCCUGGUCGCGUCAAGGCGCGCAAGGCUCCUACUUGGGUCAAGCGUUGA